CCAAAAAAAAAACACGAACCCCCUCCUCUCUCUCUCUCUAGUACAACAAAAACCCAAAAUCCCAAAAAAUGGUCUCCUGGUUAUCAUCCCUUGUCAUUGCAGUGACAUUCACAAGCUUAUUCACCGGUCUAUCUGCUCGUCGCCAUCUUCUCCAAUCAACACCAGCGACUCAGCCACCGGUUACAACAACGUUCCCACCUCUUCCUAAACCCACAAUGCCACCACCAAUGCCUUCUUCGCUUCCUCAGCCAACUCUUCCUCAACCAACAGCGCUUCCACCAUUACCGAGCACACAAAUACCUUCAUUGCCUAACCCGACACAACCCAUUAGUAUCCCAAACUUUCCACAAAUCAACAUUCCUAAUUUCCCAUUUAACAUUCCAAACAAUUUCCCCUUUAAUAUUCCCACUAGCAUUCCUACCAUCCCUUUCUUCACUCCACCACCUUCCAAGUGAGAAGCUAAGCUCUUUAGCUUCUGCCACACAACACAUUACCGUCUUUCUCUCACACACUUUGUUUGCACAUGUUUGUAAUGUUUCUUAUUCUUUUGCUGUUGUUUGAUGCAUGUUCUCCUUCUUGUUGUUGUUGUCUGUUUCUGGCAUGAUGUAGUUGCUUUAUUGUAAUAUGUAUACAUCUUAUUAUUGUUCUACUGAUUCUUGUUUUCUUCUU